CGUUCGAACACUGAAAAAAAAAAGAGAAAAAAAAAAGCUGCGAAUCCUGUUGUUACUCUUGUACAAGUAAAACCCAAUUCUCUUCUUUUCAACUCUCUCUCUCUCUCUCUCUCUCUCUGUGCAAUCUUGAACAACAAAAUCAUGGUGCUCGAGGCGACAAUGAUCUGUAUCGAUAAUUCAGAGUGGAUGCGGAAUGGGGAUUACAACCCUUCUAGAUUUCAUGCUCAAGCUGAUGCUGUUAAUCUUAUUUGUGGAGCUAAAACACAGUCAAAUCCAGAGAAUACAGUGGGAGUUUUAACAAUGGCUGGAAAAGGGGUUCGUGUUCUUGUUACGCCUACUAGUGACCUUGGCAAGAUCUUAGCUUGCAUGCACGGUUUAGAAAUAGGUGGUGAGAUGAACUUGGCUGCGGGGAUCCAGGUGGCUCAAUUGGCUCUUAAACAUCGCCAAAACAAAAAGCAGCAACAAAGGAUUAUUGUCUUUGCUGGAAGUUCCAUCAAACAUGAUAAGAAGGCAUUGGAGAUGAUUGGAAAAAAGUUGAAAAAGAAUAAUGUUGCACUUGAUAUUGUUGAUUUUGGUGAAGAGGAUGACGAAAAGGCAGAGAAGCUGGAAGCUCUUCUUGCAGCUGUUAACAGUAAUGACACCAGCCACAUUGUUCAUGUUCCCCCUGGUCCAAGUGCUCUUUCUGAUGUGCUUAUUAGUACACCCGUCUUCACUGGUGAUGGGGAAGGUGGAAGUGGUUUUGCUGCUGCAGCAGCAGCAGCUGCAGCUGGUGGUGUCUCUGGUUUUGAAUUUGGUGUGGAUCCCAAUCUGGAUCCUGAACUGGCCCUUGCUCUUAGAGUUUCAAUGGAGGAGGAGAGAGCCAGACAAGAAGCAGCUGCCAAAAAGGCUGCAGAGGAGGCUGCUAAGCAGGAAAAAGGAGGGGAACAGCCGUCUAGCUCACAGGAUGCAACCAUGACAGAAAGUGCCAGUGUCACUGCUUCUGAAGCUGACAACAAGAGACAUGAUUUGACGAAUGAAGAGAAUGCUCUCCUACAGCAAGCUCUUGCAAUGUCAAUGGAUGAUCCUGCCUCUAGCCAGGAAUUGCGAGAUACAGAUAUGUCAGAGGCAGCUGCAGAUGAUCCAGAGUUGGCACUAGCUCUUCAAUUGUCUGUGCAGGACAGUCCAAAAGAUUCAGGAAACCCAACAGAUAUGAGCAAGUUGUUGGCGGACCAGUCCUUUGUAUCCUCCAUCCUUGCUUCGCUUCCUGGCGUAGAUCCAAAUGAUCCUUCAGUCAAAGAUUUGCUUGCUUCCAUGCAAAGCCAGUCUGAGCCCCAAGAAAAGAAGGACGAAGACAAGCCGAAGGAGGAGAAAUGACCACUCUCUGGUGUUGUAUUCUCGUGUGAGAUUCGAGUAUCAGAUUUCACCCAGUUAAAGAACUAUUAUCAGCUUAGUGAACGAAUGUUCGAAUUUGAAGGGGGCAGCACACCAACUUGUCGGACUUGGAGUGUCGUAACUAGCUUUUGGGUUCUGCAAAUCUAAAAGUCCUUCAGUGCAACUGUUAAUGUUUUCUUUGCAUCCAAAAGGGCCUCAGACGGGCAGGCAUUAUUUGAAAGGUGAAGAAUGUGCAGAACAUUGGAUUGUAUCUCUGUGAUGUUUCAAUAUUAUAUACCCUUUGAACUAAACCGGUCUUUUAUUUUCUUCAGUUUUUUCGACCCUGAUGUGUGCUACUUGUCACUUCUCCAUUUUUCUGUAACUAAUAAAAACAGUCGUGAAAAUUGCGUGCAUA